AUGUACAAACACGCUUUUGAUUCUUACAUGUCACACGCUUUCCCGGCGGAUGAGCUUCGACCUUUGUCCUGCGACGGGCGACUUCGGCGCGAGCGAGGUGAUCUCGAUGCCAUGCUGGGCAACUACUCGAUGACCUUGAUUGACUCCUUGGAUUCACUGGUUAUCUUUAAGCGUAAAACCGCUUUCAAGGUAGCAGUUUCUUACAUCGAUGAUAAUGUUCACUUCGGCAAAGAUCUGGAAGUGAGCACCUUCGAAGUCAACAUCCGCAUUCUGGGUGGUCUGUUGAGCGGGCACUUACAUGCCCAGAAGAUCCUGCCGAAGUAUGCGGGAGGUUUGCUGGAGAAGGCAAGACCAGGGCUUUGGAAUGGCCCGAAACCUUGCAACUACGCGGGAGCAGCCGAAGCUCCAGGCUGA